AGUGAGCCGAAUAAUGAACUAAUGACAAGAUGGUAAUAGUUCAGCUAAAUAAAUAAGGUUUAGGAAAAGCUUUAUACUACACUUUUUAUUAAUAAGUUUCGUUAUUCCUUAUUCUUUUCAUUUUCAGAGAAAUCCAACAUGAACGCCUCUGACAAAUCCCCUGUGGAAACACAUGCCCUCCGUUUGGCGGAAUCCUUACGUUCUCGAAGUACGGUUCAAGUUGUUCUGGAAUGCUUGAUCCAUGGUUCCAUUUCUUCCACGGCAUUACUCGGAAAUAUCUUUGUUCUCUAUGUUGUUUACAAAUCAUCAAGACUUCGAAACGUAACAGGACUCUUUGUUGUUUCACUCGCAUUGUCAGAUAUCGCCAUGGCAACCCUCGUGACUCCGCAAUCUUUUGCAGCACUCAUUGCAGGUCGCUGGACUUCUGGCUUCAUUGCAUGUCAGCUUCAAGGCUUUGUUGUCAUAACAACGGUAGCCGCCUCACUGCAGACCAUGUCCCUCAUGUCUAUCGAUCGAUAUUUUCGUGUUGUUCGUCCAAUGAAGCAUCGAAGUUUCUUUACUAUGCCCCGCGCCCGGGUCAUGGCCGCGUCGGUCUGGAUCUUAUCUCUGAUGUAUGCGGUCCCGUAUGUUGCCAGUGGUAGAAAAUACAUCUUCCAUCCGGGAAAGUUUUUCUGUUUUCACGAAGCAGAAUCGACUUUUGAAGCUGAUGUCAUUUACAUUUGCCUUUGUAUUUCCCUUGCCGUUCUUUCAUUUUGUUAUCUUAACGUCUUCAGACAUCUGAGAUUGAACGCAAAACGUGUAAAAAAUAUGCGCGGGGCACAUGCCACUACAGAUAACAAUGCACGUCACAUAUCACCAGAAGAGAUAAGACUGACACGAACUUUAUUUGUCACUGUGCUUGGAUAUCUGAUUUGUUGGACGCCUGUUGUCAUGAUUGAUUUUGUAGAAAUGGGUGUUGGUGAUUGGUCCCUUUCUCGUGGAGUCUAUUUCUUCUACACUAACAUUGGUCUAACAAGCUCGUCUCUGAACCCCAUUAUAUAUGGAGUCCUCAAUAGGACAUUUCGUCGAGAAUACAAGAGGAUAUUCUGCUUCAAGACUAAGUUAUCAAACCAGGAUGAAAACUGAUUGGGGACAUAAAUUAACAGAGAAGCAAAAAGAACGUACGGAAGAAGCGCACCCCCAGGGCGUCUAUCAUCAGCUGAGCACCCCUCUUCAUUAUGUUUUCGACACAUUAACCUUAGUGUAACUGAAUCGUAAAUACUCUUUUUCUUUGGCCAUCGUAGAUUAACAAGAAAUAACACGCAAAGUGCGGGGAUAAACAUGGCAAUAAAACGCAUUGUUGGAAAACAAAACUAUAUCUGAGAUAAUGGUUUGGCGUGACUGAAUGAUAUUCUCACGAGGCUCUCAAAAGCCAUGGUCUACUUUCAUCCAGCAUCUCUCUUGUUUCACUGUGAAUCAACCUAGUUUUCUGUACCUCUGUCAGCACCAAAAGCCUAUCUCACUCGUUUGCAACAUAACCAGCUUAACCAGCUUCGAAAGGUACCACACUCCACAUCUCUAUCCCGGACCUCUAACCUGGCGCCAUCAUCACCCUUGCGUAUGCUCCCACACUCCUUGUACUCCUCAACAUUGGAUGAGACAAGCAGAUGGAGAAUUGCUUGGUUACCCUAACAGUUAACAGCCAGCUUGUUGAAGCAGCUCUUGUGGGGAAUUAGCUCGCUACUCCAACGAUUUAAUGAUCUAGUGUUGGACUUACAACAAUUGUCAAUUACCUGCCGUGCUAACUUACACGAUUCUAAUGAUUACGACUUACAUAAGGGCUUGCGUAGUUGGCCAUUAGUAGAAGUAGGAGUGCGGGUGUAAGCCGAAAUCUUUUUCCAUCUUAAAGUUUGAGUGCAAUAUAAAAAUUACAAAGAUCAUUUUUGCAGAAUUAAAUUAAAUGUAGGUAACAGCAUUGUACAGAACAUUUAAACUUAAGAUUCUUAUGCAGUGUCUUAAAGCAACAACUACAACAGUGACUGAAUAAGGUAACAUCGAAGAAUAAAGGAAGACUUCCUAGUUAUGCCUUUUUUCCGGCCGAAAUGAAUACGAAGUUAUUUCACAAGUUUCAGAUCAGACAUUUGCUCGGAAACGUGUUCAGUUAAAAGACUGGCGUUUGAGAUAUGCCGCAGUAAAAGAAUAAUUUACACAAGUGGUAAUGUGCAACACUUUCUUAAAGGUGUAAGCGAUAUCAGCUGGUAUGGUUUCAAUACCGAUCGCCAAAUAAAAACAACUAGAAAUAAUUCAAGAUAGAAAAAGACAGAAAGAUAAGUAACUACAGGGAAAUAGCAACUUCUACUAGUUUUGAUUGAAGCCAUACCACGAAAUAUUCAAGUCUAGUUGGUAGUAAAGUGUAAUUUUAAGUUUAAUCCAGCCUAUAAGAGCAAGUUAUCUUCAGUAAUCAAUAUUUAACCCAUGAUAAUUAUUCCUUUAGUAAGUGAAACAAUUAUUCAACACCCAAUUGCGUUUGAAGAUACCUGCAAUUGCAUGUAAUACCUUGACAGUAAAAUACACCUGCAACUGAUAAUUAUAAUUUAUUACUCUAGUUUUAAUUCCAAAAUUUCGUAUUUUUAUGGUUUAGCAAGUUGGAUAGCCGGCUGGUCAGCUUCCAGCAAGUUGGUUUACUUUGUCAAGCGUGUGAACUACCUCUCUAACGUAAUUGCACAUUUUCAUUUUUAAAGUUUAGCAUUUUACAAUAAUAAUGAUGUCUACAACACCACAAGAGCUUAAUUUCACUUUUACUUAUGUGUCAUGUACGCGGCCUUAGGCCCAGUUCAGACGCCGAACUUAAUACGUUGAAUUAAGUACAUGAGAGGUUCGCGUCUGAAUAUGGCUAUUUAUUGGGCCAUUUUCGUAUUCUCGGUAUUGGACUGGAACUAGCUUGCAAUGGAGGCUCAUGCAGGGGAAUCAUUCGCAU